AUGCAGCUCAAGAACAUCGUCAUUGCCACCGGCCUCGCGGCCACUGCCACUGCCACCCCCGCCGCUCAGUCCAGCACUUUCGGCGUCGUUGCAAUCCACUCUGGGUCUGGUGUCCAGUACUCUGCGUUCAACGCCGCCAAGAGCAGCAUCUUUGCUGGUUUGUCCACUCAGAAUGCCAGCUGCGCUCGCCCCAAGGAGCAGGAUGCCACCUUCUACAUCAACGAUGGUGCCCUUUACCUUUACGACAAGUCCGCGACUCCCCAGGAGAUCUACGUCGACCGAUCUGGCAUGGGCCAGGGAAAGAUCGGAUACACCACUGGCGCCCAACCUGCUCCCAAGAACUCCGAGCGUGAGGGAUGGGCUCUCAAGGAUGGUCACCUGCAGUUCGCUGGAAAUGACCUGAUUGCCUGCCCCAACAGCAUUGACGGCGCCUGGUCUAUCUGGGCUUCUGCCGGAGUCUCAAACCCUGCUGGCAACAAGGACUGCGUCGGUAUCGCUGCUCGCAUCGAGAAGACUUCCAACCCCAAUGGCUGCCUUUACACCGAGUAA